CCGUCUGGGUCUCCGCGAACCCCUGGUCCCGCCCCUACCAGGCAUGGCUCCGCCCCUCCAGGACGCCCACCCCGGAUCUGCCAAAGCGACGCCUCCACACGCCGAGCCUCUCCCCCAUCUUGCAAAGCGCCGCCCCUCGGCCCUGCCUGUUUUCCCUGCCCGGGCGCCCCUGGCAGUUACGGUGCUCUGGACUUGACGCAAUGGGGCUUCCGGAGGAGCGGGGUCGAGGCGGGAGCGGGAGCGGGGUCCAGGAGGAGGUUGGAGCCCGGAGCCGGGCCCGGAGUUGGUCUCCGCCGCCCUUGGUCAGCCGCUCCGCGCACGUCCCCUCGCUGCAGCGCUAUCGCGAGCUGCACCGGCGCUCGCUGGAGGAGCCGCGAGAAUUCUGGGGAGACAUUGCCAAGGAAUUUUACUGGAAGACCUCAUGUCCUGGCCCAUUCCUUCAGUACAACUUCGAUGUAACUAAAGGGAAAAUCUUCAUUGAGUGGAUGAAAGGAGCAACUACCAAUAUCUGCUACAACGUGCUGGAUCGAAUUGUCCACAACAAAAAACUUGGUGAUAAAGUUGCUUUUUACUGGGAGGGCAAUGAGCCAGAGGAGACCACCCAGAUCACAUACCGUGAGCUUCUGGUCCAAGUGUGUCAGUUCAGCAAUGUUCUCCAAAAACAGGGCAUUCGGAAGGGUGACAGAGUGGCCAUCUACAUGCCCAUGAUACCAGAGCUCGUGGUGGCUAUGCUGGCAUGUGCCCGCCUUGGGGCUCUGCACUCCAUUGUGUUUGCAGGCUUUUCUGCAGAGUCUCUGUGUGAGCGGAUCCUGGAUGCCAGUUGCAGCCUUCUCAUUACUACAGAUGCCUUCUACAGGGGAGAAAAGCUUGUGAACCUGAAGGAGCUGGCUGAUGAGGCCUUGGAGAAGUGUCAGGAGAAGGGUUUCCAAGUGAGAUGCUGCAUUGUGGUCAAGCACCUGGGGCGGGCAGAGCUGGGCACAGGUGACUCUCCCAGCCAGUCCCCCCCAGUUAAGAGGCCAUGCCCGGAUGUGCAGGGUAAGCUGAAAGAGAAACCCAAGCGCACCUGGCCCCAGAUCUCCUGGAACCAGGGGGUCGAUUUGUGGUGGCAUGAACUCAUGCAAGAUGCAGGGGAUGAGUGUGAGCCUGAAUGGUGUGAUGCUGAGGACCCACUCUUCAUCCUGUACACCAGUGGCUCCACAGGCAAACCCAAGGGUGUGGUACACACAGUUGGGGGCUACAUGCUCUAUGUGGCCACAACCUUCAAGUACGUGUUUGACUUCCAUGCGGAGGAUGUGUUUUGGUGCACAGCAGACAUUGGUUGGAUCACUGGCCAUUCCUACAUCACCUAUGGACCACUGGCCAAUGGUGCCACCAGUGUUUUGUUUGAGGGGAUCCCUACAUACCCGGAUGUGAGCCGCCUGUGGAGCAUUGUAGACAAGUACAAGGUGACCAAGUUCUACACUGCACCUACAGCUAUCCGCCUGCUCAUGAAGUUUGGAGACGAUCCUGUCACCAAGUAUAGCCGGGAAUCCUUACAGGUGUUAGGCACAGUGGGUGAGCCCAUCAACCCUGAGGCCUGGCUGUGGUACUACCGGGUGGUAGGUGCCCAGCGCUGCUCCAUCGUGGACACCUUCUGGCAGACAGAGACGGGUGGCCAUAUGUUGACUCCUCUCCCUGGUGCCACACCCAUGAAGCCUGGUUCUGCUACCUUGCCAUUCUUUGGAGUAGCUCCUGCUAUCUUGAAUGAGUCUGGGGAAGAGUUGGAAGGUGAAGCUGAAGGUUAUCUGGUGUUCAAGCAGCCCUGGCCAGGGAUUAUGCGCACAGUCUAUGGGAACCAUGAACGCUUUGAGACCACCUACUUUAAGAAGUUCCCUGGCUACUACGUGACAGGAGAUGGCUGCCGGCGGGACCAGGAUGGCUACUACUGGAUCACUGGCAGGAUUGAUGAUAUGCUGAAUGUUUCUGGACACCUGCUGAGCACGGCAGAAGUAGAGUCAGCACUUGUGGAACAUGAGGCUGUUGCAGAGGCAGCUGUGGUCAGCCACCCUCAUCCUGUGAAGGGCGAAUGCCUCUACUGCUUUGUCACACUACGCAAUGGCUACACGUUCAGCCCCAUCCUCACUGAGGAGCUCAAGAAGCAGAUUAGAGAAAAGAUUGGCCCCAUUGCCACACCGGAUUACAUCCAGAAUGCACCUGGCUUGCCUAAAACCCGCUCAGGGAAAAUCAUGAGGCGGGUGCUUCGGAAGAUUGCUCAGAAUGACCACAACCUGGGGGACACAUCUACUGUGGCUGAUCCAUCCAUCAUCAGCCAGCUCUUCAGCCACCGCUGCCUGACUAUCCAGUGAACAAGACCCUGUCCUUUUCCCAGGAUUCCCCCUGCUUGGCUUUCCAGAGUUUUCCCCACUUUCCCUGACCCCUGUCCAGGAGUGCAGAGGGCCAGUGCUGACCCAUACCACCUCCCCUGACCAGCUGUCUGGGACUGAGGACCAGCUUUGCCCCAGAAUAGAGGUAACUUCCUGUGGCUGCCAGGAAGAUGAGACAAGGCCUAGGUCCACCUCAGGUUGCUAUACUCCUAGACUCAAAGAGCCCUUGGACCCCAGAACAGGGGCCUUGAAGUCAAUGUCCCCAACCCAAGUUAAGUAUUCAGUGGGCAGUGAGGGCCUACACUGAAGCAGGGAGGCAGCUCUGUGAUCCUAUGUCAGCUCUCAGGAAGCACCAGUACUUACCUUGGGCAUGCACUUGCCCUUAGAAAUGCCUGUUUGUGAGUCCUGGAGCAAUUAUUAUAUUUUUAAACACUUUGCUGCUUUUGUUCUGGGUCUGAAUUCCCUUUUGUGCCAGAUGGCAGUGCUUGUCUGCACAUUUGCUCCAGGAGCUAUGCAGGCAGGCUCAUUUUCCAGAGUUUUCAGAUUCAUCUGCUUCUUGCAGGAGUGUGUUUUGUUUCUAGGGCCAGGGAAGUUUGACUUGUCCUCUGUUCCCAGCCUCCCCCAAACAGAGUCCUGCCAAUGAGAGAAACUGUCAGAUGAAACUCUCUUUUCUUGCCCUGGUCAUGCUCAAGCCUUGUGGUUGUAGGAAUAAAGUCUGUGAACUCAAGAA